AUGGGGUUUGAUGAACGAUGGGCAAAUCUGAUUAUGCUCUGUGUGAUCACUGUUGAGUACAAUAUACUUGUGAAUGGGGUGACGGGUGGUCGAGUAGUACCUACUCGGGGCUCAGACAGGGAGAUCCUCUAUCCCCAUAUUUAUUCAUUAUUUGUGCAGAGGGAGGCUACGGUGAUUAAACAGUGCCUGAAUCGUUAUGAGAACUUGUCUGGUCAGAAGGUAAAUUUUCAUAAGUCUAAUAUCUGUUUUAGCAGAAACACGCAGGAGGCCGAAAGGUUGGCGUUAGCGGAUUGCCUACAGGUUGACCAAGCCCCAAAUUUUGGAAAAUACCUGGGUCUUCCUUCGUUUGUGGGAAGAAAUAAGAAGGCAGUUUUUGCUUAUGUAGAGGACAAGAUCAGGCAAAGGAUAGGGUCAUGGAAUAAAAAACUGCUAUCACAGGCUGGUAAAGAAGUCUUGUUAAAAAGUGUGGCAUAG